CACGAAUGACAUUUUGAGGUUGGGAAUGUCAGACUAAGAGUUUCCUCAGGAUACUUCCUCCCAUUCACACUUUCAGCUGCCCCCCCCCACAUCUGGUCGGUGGUUUCGUCUUUUCAUCCAGCGGAAUUCCCUUUCCACACGAUGGCGCUGUUGACCACGUUGGCAGGCGCGAGCAAGUUUGUUGAGGAUUUCUGACAAAACGCCACCAAGCCCAUACUGAGGACUCAAGUCAUUAAAAAAAAAAUGAAAAUGACUAUGAUGAAUCCAGUACAUGAAAACCACUGGGGAAUGAAAGGUGGCAAUUUUAGUGGACGUUGGCCCGUUUCAUUCAAAAACUGCAGAAUCGGCACACACAAAAAAAAGAUAAUACAGGGAGUUGUUAUGUGUCACACAACCAUGGUAAAAUAGUAUUAAAAGCCAUCAUAGAUCCAUAGCGCCAUCAUCGUGAAACGGUAACCCAGCGCCGUGUUUCAAUAGCGGCGGGAUUGCUUUUAUUUUGAAGAGCUUUCCGGAAGUGUGCCGCGUUUGUGACUUUGCCGAUAUGACGCGGUCCGGGCGUCGUCUGCAGUUGAGGCAAAAGCGCCCACUUGUCCGCGAUCUGCCCCCACCCCACCCAACCCCACCCCACCCGCGGAGCAUACAAAAGCGCGAAGGAGGCGGAGCGCCCGCGGCCGGCGGUGUCAUCGCUUGCAAAGUCAGUGGGGGGGGGCCACAGUCGGGCACCCACUUGUGGGCGUGACGAGCAUUUUUUUUUUUUUUUGGUGCGCCUCAGUCGGACACGACCCGAUUGGCUUUUCGCGCUGAUCCCUUUCGCGGACGUUUUGGGUUCGAAGACUCGCAGGCAGUCGGCGGCGACUCCCGCGGGUGAGGACGAUGGCGAUGUGGGGCGGGUGUCGUGCACCGGGGCGCAGGUAGGCUUUUUGCGUCUGUCAGCUCCAAAUGCAUUUGAAGCGACGCGGAAAAGAAGACGACGACGAAGCCGGCUGCUUCGCGCCCCGCGUUGCCGCGACCAUGUUCGGCUGCGUGGGCUGCUUCUGGGUGCUCCUCUCGUCCGCCCUGGUCGCCGUGUGCACUUUCGGGUUCAUCUCUCCUGCGUGGAUUGUGACGGAGCAGCUGAGGACCGACAACCUUCAUCACGGGCAUCGUCACAAGAAGGAGUCGGUGAGCUUCGGCUUGCUGUGGCACUGCUCCGAGUCUCCGGACCACACGUACCGCUGCUACCGCACCUUCGGAGGGUUGGGCAAAUUUGCCGAGAUCGCGUCCACUUCAUGGCAGACCAGCGCGGCGCUGUGCUCGGGGGGCUGCGCUCUGCUGGCCGUCGGAUCCCUGCUGGCCGUCGUCGGCGUCUUCCUGCCCGGCGGAGGAUGCGAGAGGAGGUUCUGCGCCCUGGCCGGAUACACGCAGAUGGCGGCAGGUUUUAUCAGGACUAAAGGACUAAACUGCAUCACGGAUCCGAAACUGUUUGAGCUGUAUGUGGACAAACUGACAAAGCUUUGCCCCCCCCCCCCCCCAAGGUCCAAUUUAAAGCUUGCAACCCACAUCCCACCCCGCCUAAAAAAAAUUCCAGGAGACAAAAGCGAGGCUCAAGAGAGGGACCAGUCCCGUCGUUGCAUGGUAACAGGCUGAUGGUUUUGUCCACACGGACGCGAGCGUGAGACUUGCCGGCACUGGCGCGCGACCUGAAUGGGAAGGAGCUUCCGUGGCUAAUUGUGUUUCGCGGGGAAGGCCUCGGUCGGCCCGUUCCCAGCCAUUGAUCGCCAGCGCUUUUCAGGGCAAGGUGGACUCUGAAUGGACCGCUUCACAAACACAAAAGCUGGUUUGGAAGCGUUGGCCAAAUGGCGCAGUGGCAAGCGCAGCAGAUCUUCCGUUGAACUCGCAUAGUCAACGACGACGCAGACGCUUUCAUUUUCAGCAGGUCUCAGUUUAAAACAAAGCAAACAGUAACAAGAUUUGCGCACGGCAGACGGGAAGCCGUUCUUGGUGUCCGGCGUCACCAUAUUGCUUCGGCACAAUUGAGAUUUAGGCUGAGCGCCAAAGCCGAAGCUGCUCCGCGGCGUGGAAGUGGACGUCUCGCAAACCAGACAGUUGAAAAGUGAUGAAGAUGAAGCCCGCCUGCUUCUUGGGUGACCUCGUAGGCUGCGCGAUUUAGUCGCAGACGUCCUCGAGUCUUUCCUAACCUUUUCCCAAAUGUUCAGCCCGGCAAAGACAUAAUUGGAUCGCGGGGGCGUCGGCCAAACUGCGAGUUACCGCGGUGGGGGUGCCGCGUUUGUCGAGCGUCGGGGCCGAGACCCGAAAACCGGAUCCGGGACACGUAGCGUUAGACCUGCGCCUUCUUUUCGCGUUAGUAUGCGGAGGGCGUCGCACGUGCCCGCCCUUUCAUUUGCUGUCAAGCCGGACAGACGCUAGCUUUCCGGAGCUCGGGCGAGCUUCAAAAUAGAAACUCGGCCGGCAGCGAAAGGCUGAUGGCAAAUUCACAAGUCUUUUAAUGUUGACGUCAGACAAACCGAGCGCCCCGCGUGUCCGCUUCGCUUCCGAUUUCCCAAACAAGACGACGACCGGGUGCGGGCGACCCGUCGGCGGGGCCUGCUCAAAAUCCACAGGUGCUCCGGUACCGCCUGCGCCUGGCACGCGUCGGCCACGCAAACGUGCAGCAGUGCCGCUACUCCAAAAACGAGUUGGGUCGGGUCGUUCGCAAGUAGGAGCGCUUUUCACACGCAAAGGAGCCUAAUCCGUUCCAAGGGCCCUGCCAAAAAUAGGCAUUCAAAGGACAGUUACGUAAUGGCCUUGUCAAACUCGAGGCCCGGGGACCGGAUCUGGCCCGCCGCGUGAUUUUAUGUGGCCAGGCAAAUCAUGCCCAUCAGCUUCCGUGACGAGCAUUUGUGUGUUACCGAGCAUCAACGGGAGUUGAACAUCCCGUUACCUUUGAUUUCUGAUUCCAACACUAGUUCAUAAAUUUGAUGUGUGAAUAUGAUGAACGAUUUUCAGGGUUUCCGGGCA